UAUUUUUUGUAGAGAGUGAAUGAGAACUCGUCGAUGGAAAAAGCCCUUUGAACGCAGCCCUUUUUCUACCCAAUUUGAACCCUAGUUAUUUGCAAAAAUUGUGUUUAUACACCAUAACUGGGUCUGGAAGAUCCCCGAUUGAUUUCUCAGAAAAAUGGCCGACGCAGAAGAGAAAUUUUUAUCGUAUUUCCCUAACGAUUUCAAGGAAUAUACGUACAAGGAACUCAACUGGUUGCCCUCAAAAUAUUUCAAUGGAGGGGUUUUCUGGAGCCGAGAAGACGACGAACCCCAACGUCCUUUUACUCUCCCCGACGGCGAUAUUUCCAACUUAAACAAGAUCAUCAGAGAUUUGCUUUACAGAACUACAGACAGUUGGCCUUAUGGUCCGAAUCUAGUUCAAUUUUGGGCACCCAUAACAAAAAAUGAGGGCCGGUCUUUUCUUACAACUCGAAACCAACCUUUCUCUCUAAUAACAUCAUUUUAUAAUGGACUUGGUGUUGACGGACUUUGUGGGUAUAGGAUGAUCUGUAUGGAUUCUAAAUUUGACAUUGAUUUGGAUGGGGGGAAGACUUGUGAACAACACCUUUCUCUUCCUGGCCGAGUGUUCAAGCAUCAAUUCCCCGAAUCCACUCCUAAUGUGGAGUUUUACUCUGUCACAGAGUAUCCACAGCGUGACGAUGCUCUACGUUGUGGAGUCCGAGAAUCUUUGGCUUUCCCAGUCUUUGAACCUUCUACCCAAAGGUGUGUUGGCGUAAUUGAAGUAGUGACACUAGAGGACGACCUUAUAAUUCCAAUUUGUGAAAGGCUUAUUAGGUACGGAAUAUAUGAAGAUUUUGAGAUGAAAGGUCUGAAAUGUCCAAUUGGAUUUGAUCACAAGGACAUGGAAUUAGAUGAGGCUCAAAAUGAAGCUCGUACUUGCCUUGGAUGAAAUCAAGAAUGUGUUGAAAGUGGUAUGCGAAGUUUAUGAUUUACCUUUAGCUCAGGCAUGGGUCCCAUGCAAGGUAGGUUGGCCAUGUAGGCCUCUAGUUGAUGGUGGCAUCCUUGGUGUAAGUUGUUAUUACUACAAACAUGAAGAUAAAUGUCGUGAUUUUCAGUAUAUCAAUUCUAUGUUUCACUUAAAGAAUGGGGUGGGGGUUGUUGGGAGAGCACUUUCGUCCACUGAUAUGGUAUUCUGCAGGGAUGUAACUCAACUUAGCCUAACUGAGUACCCCUUGGCACACCAUGCACGAAAGUAUGGAUUAAGUGAUUGCUUCGCGAUAUGCUUGCAGAGCAGUUGCACUGAAAAUGAUGAUUACGUGCUAGAGUUCUUUUUGCCUGUGAGCAACGAAACCAAUGAAAAUCCACAUGCCUCAUUGAAGAAAAUAUUGAAAUCAAUGAGGAAAGAUUUUCGUACUCUUAGGGUUGCUUCUAGAAAAGAACUUGGGGAAGACUUUUGUAUUGAAGAAAUCGGUGGUGAGAAACUUGAUCAUGUUCAAAGGCCUCAAACUACUAUAUCUUUGCCUUGGUCAGAACCCUUACAAAGUGAAGUUGAGGUGAUGCAAGUGGAUUCAUCAGAUCAACAAUCAAUGAAUGCCAUAAAUACUGGAAGUAAUGUUGGUGGUACAGAACGUGACAACAUUGCUAUUACUUGUAUGCAAGAGAAAAGCACAGUAAAGGCGUCAAAAAGAAAAGGCAACAAAUCUGGAGGUACAAUAAAGGCUUCAGAAAUAAAAGGCAACAAAUCUGGAGUUAAAAUUAAAAUUGCCUUAGAAGAUAUCCGACAAUCUUCAAAAAUGAAACUCGAGGAUGCUGCAGAAAACCUCCAAGUUGGCAAAUCUACGUUGAAGCGUGCAUGUAGAGUGUAUGGUAUUGAUAGGUGGCCACCUCGCAUUACAAAAAAGUCUGGUUUCUCUCAGCCCAAUGAAUCGGCCCUGUGUGUUGAUCUAGAACAAAGCUCACAAUUGAAUCUUGAUGAUCUUCUUUUUGCUCAACCCUUAGCUAGUAUCGUUCACACCGAGCCACAUGAUACAACGUUGCAAGAUGCCAAUGUUGUGACUAUAGAAGCAAAAUAUGCAAAAGCUAAUGCAAUUAAGUUUCGUCUGUCUUUGUCAUCGAGUCUCAUAGAGUUGCAGCAAGAAGUGGCGCAGAGGCUAAACCUAGAGGCUGGAACUUAUUAUGUCAAAUAUAAAGAUGAGGACGGUGAUUUGAUUUUAAUAGCUUGUGAUGGGGACUUACGAGAUUAUAUGUGCAUUUCUAGAUUGGAAGGCAAAACUUGUAUUGUGGUAUUGCUUGUACCAAAGUUACCAAUUACUGAUCAUCUAUAAAAGGGGAUUGGUCUAUUCAUUUGCAA